AACCUCUUAACCCUCAUUUUGAUCUAAUCAAUUGGACAAUCAGAUUAACAACGAUAGUUAACUUGUACCGAUUUGUUCACCUAAUAAUCUCAACCGACUCAAGGGUUAACAUUUAUUUAGGAGAUCCUCUUUACCAGUCACAAGAUAGAGGAUUGCUUUACUCGACUAUGAUCUUUGCCAUGGUAGUUAUGUUUAUUGCUCGUGAAAUGUUUUUAUUUCUUGAAGCCAAUGGAUAUUUGACCAUUUUAAAGGUACUUAACACUUUAAAGUCCAGUAACAAUCAGCAUUUUGAUCAUCAAAUGACUCCUUUAAAGAUGUCAACCUUUCUCCGUGUUUUAAACUUUGAAUGUUUAACCAUUUGUGCAUCAAUGUUUUUAUCCAUACCUUUUAUAUUGAUCUUGCUUAAUUGUCCUUUAAUAGUGAAUCUAUUGUCCUUUUCCAUUCCUUCAUUGUUAAUUUAUGCUCUUCUCUGGUCAAUCUCCCUGUGCUUUUCGUCCAUCUUUCUAUUAAAUGCAAUAUUUGCUCAAGGUGCCUGCAUUAUCAUUUGUGGCACUUAUUAUUUCUUCAAAUUGAAAUCCUUAUGUGAAACGAUAGACUCUAUCAUCACUCACCAUUACCAACAGGUUAAGCCUCGAAUCGACCAGCUACAAGUUAAAUCUUUCUUGGUGGAUGUUACUCUUUACCUGAAUGAGAUUGAUUUACACAUAAAAACUCUACGUUAUGUGAUUCUUUACUUUUUCCUAUUGAUAACAUUGAAUAAUAAUUUUUACAUCUUUGUUGGUUUAAUUGCUAAAACCAAAAAUGAAAUUGUCAACAAUCUUAUAUCUGCUUAUGGAGUUUUAGUUGUCCUUUUAAUUUCUCUUCUCUGCUACAUAGCCAGUGAUUUUGUAGAAAUGAUUAAUUAUGUUGCCUGUAAGUUGAACCAUGUCAUAGUCAACUUCAAUGGUUUAUCCAUUGCAACAAAACUAAAGACAAUUGAAUUCUUGGACAGGUCAAAAAGCUCUUAUAUCGGCAUCAAAGCUGGAGAUUUCCUUAUAUUAAAUAAAAUAAAUUUUAUUCUGUUUCUUUUGGAAAACGCAUCAACUUUACUUCUUUUAACCGUCAAUUUGAGGCCAAUUUUGGAUUAAACAAACCUGAAUGGAGUGAUUCUAAUGGUGAUCAAACUGAUCGGGUUUGAGUUAACCUUCAGCUUCACGAAAAAUGUACAAAUGGCUUACAAUUACAUUUGAAAUAAACGCUAACAUUGUGGUCAUCUUGAGAAGCAUCACAAAAUUGAAAGCUAAACCUUGAAAUAUUUGUGAAUGCAGAUGAUCAGUUGCUAUUAGUUAUAUAAUGGUGAAAAUUAGGUAAAUGAGCAUGUUAAUGGUAAUUUAAGUUUAUCCUUGAUUGAUGGAAAUGGUGUUGUCCUCAAUUAAUUGCAAUACAUAAAAUACACUGUUUGCUUUCUUGUUAAUGUUGAGUCUUUUCCGAAUAAGAUGAUGAUGAUUAACGUCUCCAACUGAUUAAAUUUUAAUGUGAAAAUGAUUAAAUGAAUCAAGCUUGUUUAUCGUGACUUUGGCAGAGUUGAAAAUAAUGUUUAUACAGAUAACAAUUGACUGUAAUUCGUGGCGUUGAAAGAUAGUUAAACAUGAUUAGCUUUUUUGUUUUCACAUUUAGAUUUUUUCUUCUUAUGAUCUCUAGAUAUUUGGUCAGAAUGAGACUAAUUUUAGCCGUUUAACAUUAACUAAAACAAUAAAGUGUUGGUCAAGAUGGUUGAUAAGGUUGUUUAGUCUGGAAGUUGAGGAAAUUAUUUCAAAAAUGAUUUCAAAUGGCAAAAUGAAGUAAACAAUCAACAAAAUUGAUUAAUAUAUUCUGUUAUUAAUUGAUCAAUACAGAGUACAUUUCAGUCUUGCAGCUUUGUUUGAUAUCCAAAUCACUGAAUGCAUAGAUUUGUCAUUGUCAUCAUGGACUAACCCAGGAACAAAAAAAAGGUAAGUUAAUGAGUAAAAGCACAGAAAAAAGGAAAACAAUUAGCAUUUUGAUACAAAUCAGUUGUAAAUAAAUUAAGAGAAAGGCAACUUAAAAAGGAAGCUAUGAGAGUUGAAGUCAUGACACAAUUAAGACUCAAGAUUUAGGAGAUAGAAACGAUUUAAAAACAAUUAUUCAAUCGUUAUGUAAAUUAUAACAAUAGAAAAGUAAUUAUACACAAAAUUCUGGUUUCAGG